AUGGGUGGUAUGUGUCAAACUAUCAGUAUAUGGAGGAAUGGAAAGAAAACAGAACCCGUAAAUGUGAUAGAACAAACCCAGAAUGUACCUCCGAUGCAAUAUUAUCCACAUCCUUCACUGGUAGCACCAAAAAGGAAUCACAGAGGCGAAGUGCACUAUUCCACUAACGGACAAUACCUGUCGCCAUUUAGUUAUGAAGAACCAGGUUCGAGCAUCUUCACUUCAACGGAAACAUUCUCGGGCCCUUAUGGAAAUCGUUUCACAGAGGAUCAAAUUUAUACAUUGUUGGUUGAUUUCAUAAUCCCACCUGGACAUCUUUUCAUUAAUGGAUUUCCGGUUUUGAAUGAAGCAACCAAUAAUGUACAAAUUUUUAAGCAAUGCUUCUCAAACCCUCUUGUGGUGUAUUCGGAAGAGAAAAAAAGUAAUUCCAAUAAAGACUCAUCACAUUACUCGAAACAAAUCAAUGCUCAUGAAAGAAUCUGUGUAAGAUGUAAAUCUGGAUUUUUCAUCACCAAUGAUGAAUAUUUAACCAAAGAUCCUUGCUACUUCCAUUGGGGUAAACUAUUGAACCACAGUUUCAGUUGCUGUAAACAGUCGCCUGGUUCGAUUGGAUGCACAACUGGAAAACUUCAUGUUUGGAAUGGUACCGUUGAUGGUACGAAUGAGCCUUUAGAAGGCUUUGUGAAAACAAAAUCCUCUGGGCUAGGGAACAAACAAAAUGUUUUUGCUUUGGACUGUGAGAUGUGUUACACGGUUAAAGGACUAGAACUGAGUCGAGUUGUCAUUCUUUCAUGUACCGGAUCGAUUGUGUACGAUCAUUUUGUCAAACCUGAUAAUGAAGUAGUUGAUUACAAUACACGAUAUUCCGGAGUAACUGAGAGUGAUAUUCACAGUUCAACAGCCAAGUCAUUUUCAAACGUGCAAAGCGACAUUUUGAAAUUGUUCACCGAAGACACUAUCUUAGUAGGACAUAGUUUGGAUAAUGACUUGCGAGUUCUCAAAAUCCUGCAUUCCAAAAUUGCAGAUACUUCCUUAAUUUUUCCUCAUCAUCGUGGUUUUCCAUUCAAGUAUUCCUUGAAACAUUUGAUGUGGACAAAUUUUGGAAAGAAUAUCCAAACAUCUGAUUCUGGCCAUAAUCCAUAUGAAGAUGCAUCGAGUUGUUUGGAUUUAAUAUAUCUCAAGAUUCGGAAGCAGCAGGAAAUUCAUAACUCCCAGUAUUCUUACACUAUGCCCUAUUAA